AUGAACAGACGGUUAAUAAAAGUUGAAAAGGAUGUGGCCAUAAUGAAGCUAUGUAUGGCUUUAUGUGAUAAUGAUGAUAUGGUUGUCUAUGAUACCCCGCCAAGCUCUCCAGGUGAUCAAUCUACUCCACCUCUACCUCCGUUAAUAAAUCGUCCUCCACCACCUCUUCCACCAUCUUAUCCUUCUUCGAACAAAACUUCUCCUCCUAACUCUCCUCCCCAAUCUGAUGCUGCCAGAAAGGGGAGAAUAAUCAAGAGGGUAGCUACUCAAAAAAGUCAAGAAGCUGAAUCUUGUGCCAUCAAUUGUCAGAAUCAUAUGUACCUUCAUCGCAUUGAUAACCUUCCUUCUGCUCCUACUAAACGUUUGUUUCAUCUUCAUAUGGAAGGACGAUGUCACUAUGAACUGGAAAGAGGAUAUCGUGUGAUGAUAUCACUAGAGCUUAUUAGAAGACCGGAUGAACUUAAACUUGAUCAAUUCAGACGGAUCAAGCUUGAAAUCUUAAAACAAGCUAACAAGUUCUAUAGUGGCUCUUCCGAUGAAUCUGAAGAAGAAGCUUAG